AUUAAUAAAUAAGUUCCAUUAAAUAGCAAACUCAAUAUUAAAGCCUCUCAUCGGUUUAAAUUUUUUUUAUAUAUUAUAUACUUAUAUGUGAAGAUUUAACUUUUAUUUUUUAGUUAUGUCUGAUCUACCAAAUGGUCCGAAACACCUUGGUGUUACUCCACCAAUUGCUUUAAACUAUCCAACUCAGAGAGAAAUUGAGGUUACAGAUUUAUUAGUACAAGAGCUUACCGCACAAGGAACUUUUGAAAGUGAAGAUGAAAGUCGUCGUCGAGAAGUUGUACUUGGAAAGCUUGACAAAUUAGUUAAAGAAUUUGUUUAUCGAACAAGUAAAAAGAGACAGUUGCCUGACGCUGAUGCAAGGGAAGCUGGCGGGAAAAUAUUUACUUUUGGUUCUUACAGAUUGGGUGUUCACGGUGCAGGUGCGGAUAUUGAUACGUUAUGUGUAGUUCCAAGACAUGUUGCUCGGGAAGACUUUUUUAGUGACAUGCAUGAUUCACUUAAUUCUCUGAAUGAAGUUACGGAAUUAACUAGUGUUACUGAUGCAUAUGUACCAGUAAUCAAGAUGAAAUUUCAAGAUAUUCCUAUAGAUCUUGUUUUUGCAAAAUUGAAUGUUCCUAAAGUUCCUGAUGAUCUUGAGCUUAGAGAGAAUUUGCUUUUAAAAAAUUUGGAUGAGACAUGCAUAAGAAGUCUUAACGGGUCGCGUGUGACGGAUGAAAUACUACGUCUGGUGCCCAGUAUACCCGCUUUUAGAACGUCACUGCGGUGCAUCAAACUGUGGGCACAUAGACGUGCGAUUUAUUCAAACGUAAUGGGCUUUUUUGGUGGGGUUGCUUGGGCAAUGCUAGUAGCAAGAAUUUGUCAAUUAUAUCCGAAUGCGAUUGCAGGUGCAAUCGUUUCCCGAUUUUUCAGAAUUAUGUAUCAAUGGAAUUGGCCACAACCGGUAUUACUAAAACCGAUCGAGGAUGGUCCUCUUCAAGUUAGAGUUUGGAAUCCGAAGAUAUAUCACGGAGAUAGAUAUCAUCUCAUGCCUAUUAUCACUCCUGCAUAUCCUUCGAUGUGCGCAACACAUAAUGUGACUCAAUCUACCAAAAAAAUAAUCGAAGAAGAAUUCAAACGAGCGGCUGAAAUAGCAGAUAAAGUUAUGAUUGGAACUGGCAAAUGGUCAGAUCUCUUUUCUAAACAUGAUUUUUUUUCCAGAUAUCGACAUUAUCUUCAAAUUAUAACAUCAUCCGAUUCCGCGACGAGACAAUUGAAAUGGUCUGGAAUGGUCGAAUCGAGGAUUCGUCAUUUGAUAUCAAAACUGGAAGGCGUGGAUAACUUAUAUUUAGCGCAUCCAUUUGUAAAGGGGUUUGAUAAAGUUCAUCAUUGUGCAACAGAACAAGAAGCGAAUGAUGUUUCACAUGGAAUUUAUAAUUUAAAACCUAUCAGUGAGAAAAGCGGUACGGAUUCUUCGAAAAGUGGGAAUGAAAAUGGUAGCAACACAAUUUAUACCACAACUUUUUAUAUCGGAUUGCUUGUUGAACCACGUGCAGUUGGAUCAACUACAGCACAUCGACAGCUAAAUCUUUCAUGGCCUAUAUCAGAAUUUACUAAAUUGGUUAAAAGUUGGGAUAAAUUUGACGAAAGAUACAUGAAUAUAACAGUGAAGAAUGUAAAAUGUACUCAGCUACCUCAGGAAGUGUUCGAAGAAGGCGAACAAAGACCUACGAAGCUCAAGCGUACAAAACCCGGUGGGAAGGCCAAAUCAAACACGACAACAACAGAACAACCCAUAAAGAAGCGAAAAACGGAUAAAGUUACAGAUAAAGUGGACACAGCGACAGAUCAGCCUAAUAAGAAGCGAAAAACGGACAAAGUUAUAGAUAAAGAUGACAUGACGACGACAGAACAGAAGCGAAAAUCGGAUAAAGUGGAAAUUAAUGGUUCCAAUUUGGAGUCAAAUUAAGUGCUGAAUCUACCUAUCAAGUCGACUAUUGGAAAGUACUCCUUGGUACAUUGCUUGGUAAUAAUAACGGUGAGGUUGUGGGGUGUCCUGUGAAUACAUUCAGAAAAUCACAAAUUUAUAUGUGGUGAACUAUGUCCAUUUGUUUUAUACCCAAAAAAAAAAGAAUAUUUAAAAACAAAAAAAAAAAGGGAAACCAUCAACGGGAAAAGAGAGAUAAAUUAUGCAAAAAUAAUUAAUCUUCAAAUUCAUAGACGCAUUUUUAAUUGCAAGACUAGAUCUUCUCUUUAACUGCGUCGAAUACGUUUGAAAAUUUACGGCCAAUGGUGAAAUCCAUUAGAGGUUAAAGGUAAGACAUAGGUUAUUUUAGAAGGGACGGUUUAAGUUUUUGUUCCAUAUUGCUACAGAACAUUACCAGAAUCAUAAGUGGAUAUAUGGAGAGUAUAUUUUUUAUUUUAUUUUAUUUUAUUUU